AUGCUCACACGUCGUGCUUGUGCCGGCGUGCGCGGCAUCCUCGCCCCGCAACCUGCUAUCGCUUUCCGUUCUCGGGCUUUUGGUGCUGCGGCUGUGACGCAAAGCCCAGCUCGAGCCCCUGCAAUUGCCGAUAUCACGCCCGACAGUGCCGCGAGUUUCAACGAAAAGCAGAAGAGCUUCCGCGACGGUCUGGUGGCUGCACAGAAGCGAAAGGAACAAGAAGAGAAAGAAGCCCGGGCCCGAGAGGAAGAAAACAGCAAGAAGAAAGGCGGUGCGCUGUCUUCUCUCAUCUACGGAACACCCGAGGGACGCGAGCUUGACAAGGACAUUGAGCGCAGCUUCUCUCAGGUCCUGGCUCGGGGCAAGUAUGUUCACUCGAUUGUGUUUCAUACGGUAAAGCCAGACAAGGUCGACGAGUACACCGAGCUGGUGGGCAAUUGGUAUUCAAAGAUGGUUUCCAUUCCCGAGAACAAAGUCCACCUUGUAGGGAGUUGGAAGACUGAGGUCGGCGACUGCAACACCUUCGUGCACAUCUGGGAGUACCAACGCUACGAGGGAUAUCACGAAUCGCUUCACAAUAUUCAGUCUCACCCCGAAUUCCCUGCCUUUGAUGCCAAACUCAAGACCUUGAUCAGCUCCAAGCACACAUCACUCAUGCAAGAAUUCUCCUUCUGGCCAACGACACCGCCUCGUCAGCUCGGCGGUAUAUUCGAACUCCGCUCGUACACACUGCACCCAGGCAAUCUACUCGAGUGGGAGACUCACUGGCGACGUGGCCUGAAAGCUCGACGAGAGGUCAUGGAAGGCGUUGGUGCUUGGUUCGUCCAGAUUGGCGAUCUGAACACUGUUCACCACUUAUGGCAGUUUGCGAACCUAGAGGAACGCAGGAUUCGUCGCGAACAGAGUUGGAGUGUGGAAGGUUGGGGCGAAACAGUGCACAAGACUGUACCGCUCAUCCAAACCAUGAAGAGCAGGAUACUCAUGCCUUGUUCUUGGAGCACGGUCGCCUAA